GCUCAGGAGACUGGCAGAGAGAGAGCAGGAGGUGAGGACCAGCACUCCCUCCCCCUCCUCCCCCUCAGACGGAGAGGGGUGGUGGCUGAGAAAGAUGGAGGCUCUGGAGAGGCAGAAGGAGAGUCUGCAGGAGGAGAAGGAGAGUCUGCAGGAGGAGAAGGAGAGUCUGCAGGAGGAGAAGGAGAGUCUGCAGGAGGAGAAGGAGAGUCUGCAGGAGGAGAAGGAAGACCUCCGCAAGGCCAACCACACCCUCACCCGCCACCUCCGCCAGCUCCAAGCCACCAUGGGCCGCCUACGAAGCCAGGGGCUCGCCAGGCAGGAGGCGGCCCAGGCCGAGGCCCUGGCCCUGGGGGAGAGGCACCGCCUCGAGGCCCAGGCUCUGGAGGCCCGGGAGGCCAGCUCCAGGAAGGAGGCCGUGAGGCUGAGGCAGCAGCUGUUGAGGCUGAGGCAGGAGGUGGGGGUCCUGAGGGCGGCCAGGGACUACCAGAGGAACCACGCGCAGACCGGGCUAGCAGCGCUAGCAGGGCUGCCGGGCAGACGACCAGCCAGGGUGCUGGGGGGGGUUAGCGUUAGCAGGCUAGCGGGCGCAGGCAAGGUCAGGGUAUUCAGAGCAGCUCGUCUCCGGGACAACCAGACUGUCAGCAGGCCAGGACACAGCCCUGCUAAGGAAGAGUGGGAGGACAUGAGCGGAGACAGGUAG